AUGAGUGCGGAAGAAGCACUUGUAGGCUACCAAGCUCAAAAAAGCAUGUUCUCUUACGCAGCCUUCCAUGUCCAUCCGGACCAGUAUCACGAUGGAUUUCCUCGUCUGCUAGGGGCUAUUGGCUUUGUACGAAAAAGGCCAUGUCGCGGAUCCGGCCAGAGUUGCCGGGAGAAUGGAGUCGCCUUGUGA